AUGCAUAUCUUGAUCACUGGUGCCGCCGGUUUCAUCGGUCAAUUGCUCGCCACGGAGCUGCUGAACGACCCCGCCUACCGUGUCACUCUGACCGAUAUCGCCCAACCUCCCAUCCCCAAGGGCGUGCGCCACCCCGAAAAUGCAACUGCAGUGAGGGCUGACCUCCUCAGCGGCGCCAGCGAUGUGGUCAAUUCCUCGCUAGACGCUGUCUAUGCCUUUCACGGCAUCAUGUCGUCCGGGUCCGAGGCCAAUUUCGACCUGGGCAUGAGCGUGAACAUCGAUGCGACCCGCAACUUGCUGGAAGCACUACGGCAUAUCUGUCCUGGAGUGCGGGUCAUCUAUUCAUCCAGCCAGGCUGUCUACGGUCGGCCUUUGCCUGAGGUCGUAACGGAUAGCGUGGUCCCGACACCCGAGUCCUCCUACGGCGCCGAGAAGAUUGUUUGCGAGACGCUGGUGAACGAGUACUCCCGGCGCAAGUUCAUCAAUGGAUUUACUUUGCGAUUCCCGACGAUUUCCGUCCGCCCGGGUGCUCCUACCGCGGCAGCUUCGUCUUUCCUGUCUGGCAUGAUCCGUGAGCCUCUUGACGGCAAGGAAUGUGUCAUCCCCAUUGAGGACCGGUCAUUCAAGUCGUGGCUUUGCUCGCCUAAAACCCUCGUUCAGAACCUUCUCCUCACCCUCCAUCUACCCGCAGACUCGGUACCUCCUCAUAUUCGUCAGAUCAAUGUUCCGGGAAUCUGCGUGACAGUCCAGGAAAUGAUGGACGCGCUGGAGAAGGUGGGCGGCAAAGCGAAGCUGGACCUUCUCAAGGAGAAGGAAGAUCCUGCGUUAAUCCCGAUCCUGAAAUCUUGGCCUGCACAAUUUGAUAAUACCCAGGCCAUCUCUCUUGGGUUCAAACGCGAUGAGUCUUUUGAGCAGACCGUGAGAGACUACAAGGCGGCGUUGGAGCAGUCAUGA